AUGAUGACGGUUGAAGAUGCAAUGAUGACGGUUAAAGAUGCAAUGACGACGGUUGAAGAUACAAUGAAGACGGGUGAAGAUGCAAGGAUAACGGUUGAAGAUGCAAUGAUAAUGAUUGAAGAUGCAAUAACGGCGGUUGAAGAUACAAUGAAGACGGGUCAAGAUGCAAGGAUAACGGUUGAAGAUGCAAUGAUGAUGGUUGAAGAUGCAAUGACGACGGUUGAAGAUGCAAUGAUGACGGGUCAAGAUGCAAGGAUAACGGUUGAAGAUGCAAUGAUGAUGGUUGAAGAUGCAAUAACGACGGUUGAAGAUACAAUGAAGACGGGUCAAGAUGCAAGGAUAACGGUUGAAGAUGCAAUGAUGAUGGUUGAAGAUGCAAUAACGACGGUUGAAGAUGCAAUGAUGACGGUUGAAGAUAAAAACGGCCCUUUUCGGGGGUCACAAAAUAUUUCCAAAAGUCUUUUCACUGUUACACAUAGUAGCAAUUUCUUUUAA